AGAGGUCUAUAAUUAAACAAACACGGGUAGAAAAAAUGAAUUUGAAUUUCAAAUUAAAUGAACACUUCUCGUCAUUGUUAAUUCGCAAGCGCGAAAAUCGUGAGUCAUUCCACUAUUGAUUACUGCGCACCAAAGAGGGAGUUGUACUACAAUUACGGAAUUACAGUCACCGUACUGUCUGCGCGUUUUUAUCAUAUCACUUUUUCCGUAACUGUUUAAAGGUAAUUGCGAAACAUAUUUUUCAUAGAUUAAUAAUAAUGGUGCUACUAUUCGUAAUCGUAUUGUAAAUUCAUUUCGACGUACGUAAAACGAACCUAUCGACAGCUAUGGCCUUUGCAAAUAGUUCGAUUUUUAAACCACCUAACGCGUUAGAGCAACUUUUGGAAGAAAUCAACUUCCAAAGGACCAAGGAAAUGCGGCAGCUUCUCAAAGACGAUUCCGGAUUUGUGAUGCUGCAAGGAACGACGUACUGGACGGACUUGUUUGUCAGACACUUCCUCUUUCAAAAUGAAUCGACAAUAGACGGCGACGAUUUGUUGUUCUUCGUGCGCAAAAAGCACGUGAAGGGUUCUCCAAGAUAUCUGCCAAAAUUUGAGACUGAAGUUGACGUGUUCCGAAAAGACAGUCGCAAAUUACCCAUUGGAGACCCAGAUAUUGAUUGGGAAGAGACCGUUUAUCUCAAUUUAAUCAUACAUCAGUUUGAGUAUACGCUUACGCUAGCAAUUUGCACGCGAACGAGCCCGAAACAGUUGCAAGUCUUGAAAAGGCAUUCGCAGAAGGUGUACGCGUCGCCCAGUAGACGAAGAAUGGAUACCAAAGGUGAUCUGGAGGAAAUUACGUACCCGCACAUCUGUUUCAUGGUGGAUAAUUUUGACGAAGUGUUUUGCGACAUUUUGGUGCGCGAUGGUGAGAUGGUUUGCGUGGAGUUGGUCGCAUCUGACCGCGAGGGAAUUGUGCAAGGUGUUAUAUUCUUGGGGUCGAUUCGUUACGAUGCCCUGAAGAAGGUUUACGACGCCAGGCAAUCCAGCUUAAGCACGAAAAUGGCGCAACGUAUGACAUUCGGGUUGUUUUCCAAUUCGAGCGCUCAGCGAUGCGAGUUUGUGCGUAUGAAGGGACCUCAAGGCAAAGGGCAUGCGGAAAUGGCGGUGACGAAGCCGAAAGGUUCGGGCGCCGAAACGCCGUCUUCUGAGCCGGGAUUUUGUGCAACGGAGAUGUGGGAUUCGGACUGGGACGAAGAUCCGGAGGAAAUGUUUUUAUUUCGCCAUCAACGGCGCUUGAGUGACCCAAGUUCAAACCUAAAUAACUUCGUUCGUGGUAGCUGGAAAUCAAAGUUAGAUAUGAAGUCUAGAUCCGAAAACGAAGGGUUAGACUGUAUAGACAACGACAUUAGCGAAAUUGAGGCUGGCGACGUCAGAGAUGUGUCUGGUCCUGCUUCUGCAUCUAAAGCUGGCUGCUGUGGUUGUUUUCGACGGCAUAAGCGAGAAUCGAUCGCUCUGUCUGAAAUCUACUGUCGUGCAUGUGCCUCGCCUUCAGCUUGCAUUCAAAGGGCUCCCCUAGGUCCGCUCGAAGAUCAGUGCGUGUGCAAUACUCCGCACAAUAUACAAAGCUUACUGAAUCAAUCCGAUUACGAACUUGGAAAGGAGCAAAUUAAGACCAAGAACUAUACAAAGAUUCGCGACUUGCGUAACAACGCGAAUUUUGCAGAGUUCGAGUUUGCAGACGACGCCAUCAGUUUAAAUGGAGACGCGAGUGACGAACGGCCGUCGAGCAGAGCAUCCGAAUCCAGUACGCAAUCCUUUAAAGAAACGGCGUUCACGGAUAAUCCUUACAUUAACGUGAACGGCAAAGAAGAAUUGCCAUGUGCCGAAGAAAUCAAGAAAUACCCCAUAUCAGUAUCGACUAAGCAAAACAACCUAACCGCAAGCGAUGAUGUUAAGCUACAAGAUAUUAACAUAAAAAUCAUUGCUAAUGGUAAUAUCAAUUCAAACGAGAAGGACGUUUCGCGCUUUGAUUCAAAUUACAAUAAACUAACGCAAAAUAAGUGUCGCAAUUAUUGCACGUUGCCUAAGCUAAAGAUCAAGCAUAAGUUUUAUCGUCCGGUAGUGUUUCCGCCCCACAGAAUAACGCCCGAUGGCACUCACAUAUACUAUUGGUGCGAUUUGACCAGACGACCAGAAUUGGAUGACGGUGCCUACAAUCCGCUCUGGACAAUGAGAGGAUUCACUCAAACCUUUCAUUUCUGGAAGGAGAACAAACGUGCCCAAUCAACUCCUCUGAAUGCGUUCUUGACGUAUGUCACCUUGCCAUGGUGGAGCAUAGCGAAAGAUAUCCUGGAUCAUCGAGAAAGUCCAAUCCUCACGUUUUAGUAGAUGGCCAAAUAGCCUUUUUAUUUGUUUGUUUAUAGUACAAUAAUAAUAAAACGGCUACAGUAAUAGAUUGAUUUGAUGGUGCAUUUUGGAGGAAGGUACAAUAACUAUGACAUCUGCCAUUCUAUUUUUAGAUAUUAAUAUUCCAUUUCUUGUUUCAUUUUUUGUUAUUUUUGGAAUAGUUUGUAUAUAAUUGACAUUUUAUGUACUACGUAAGUAUACCGAUGGUGUAAGGUUUGAAAUUAUUAUUGUGAAGAGUACAGUUCAAAUUAGUUCUAAUGCCAUUUUACUGAGCUGUGAUAAUAAUUUUAAAUAUAUUCCGUAUGUGUAAUUUCUGAAGGUACAUUAAAAUUAAAACAUGACCUCAA